CGCGCGUGAGGUGUACGAAAGGAAAUGAUGGCGGAGAGAGUAGAAUACACAGCUCUAGACGAGGAAAUUCCAGAACUCAAUCUGGGAGUUCUAGAUCUAACGUCACAAGAUGACUUCAUUCUGGAUGAAGCUGCUGGACACAUAAGAGAGAACUUGGAGGACGAACUAGUCCAGGAAGCGCUGGAGAAAGGUGUUGAUCUGAGGCAAUAUUCACGUCAGAUUGAAGGGGAACUGCGAGAAGUGGAGAAUCAGUCGAUUGAAGAUUACAUCAAAGAAAGUCAGCAUAUUGCUCGUCUUCAUAGACAGAUUCAGUCGUGUGAUACUAUCUUAGAGAGAAUGGAGCAGAUGUUGACUACUUUUCAGGCUGAUCUUGGCAGCAUUAGCUCAGAAAUACAGACACUGCAAGAGCAGUCUUGGUCUAUGAAUAUUAAGUUGAAGAACAGACAGGCUGUUCGUGGAGAGCUAAGCCAGUUUGUUGAUGAUAUCAUAGUCACUGAUGGCAUGGUCAAGCAUGUAUUAGACACUCCUGCAACGGAGACGCAUUUCAUGGAGCAGCUGCAUGAACUGGAUCACAAGCUGAACUUUGCCAAAUUACAGCAGUUCAAGGAUACAGCAGCCAUUGGUGAUGUCAAAGAUGUGCUGGAAAGGCUGAAAUUUAAAGCUGUCACGAAAGUGAGAGACUGUUUAAUGGGAUUUGUUGCUCAAUUUAGAAAACCAAUGGCAAAUUAUCACGUUCCGCAGAAUAGCAUGCUUAAAUUUCGGUACUUCAAUGAGUUUCUGAUGGCUCAUCAUCGUCAUACAGCAGCUGAACUGAAAGAUGAGUAUGUAGACACGAUGAGCAAGAUUCUCUUUUCGUACUUCAAAACAUAUCAGUCACGUCUAAUGAAAUUACAAUAUGAAGUUGUGGCUGAGAAAGGUGAUUUAAUGGGCACUGAAGAUACAGCAAGACGAGGGUUUUUUUCUUCAAGCAAGAACACCUUGAAAAAUCGAUCAACUAUAUUUACACUGGGAGAUCGGGCAUGCGUGUUGACUACUGAACUUGAAGAUCCGGUGAUUGUUCCUCAUGCUGCAGCAAAAUCAGACAAGAAGUUUUCAUAUGAGAGCCUGUAUCGGAGUUUGAAUUAUGCUCUUCUGGACAAUGCUUGUCGAGAAUAUCUGUUUGUUGUUGACUUUUUUGCUGUAAGUGGCGAUGAUGCUCUUGCUUUAUUUAAUGCCAUAUUUGGGAGAACACUGCAGAUUUUACAAAAACAUAUGGAGAGUUAUGUGAGCACGUGCUAUGAUGCCAUUGGUGUCUUUUUGUGUAUCCACUUAAAUGGUCGCUUUCGGAGGAUUGUGAAUAGAAGGAGUGUUCCUGCACUUGAUCGGUAUUUUGAAAAGAUUGAUUCAUUGCUGUGGCCUCAAUUUGAUCGUAUUUUGGAUCUGAAUGUUGGCAGCAUCCGUGAUUGUGACCCAUCCAAACUCAGCAAUGUUGAUGUUAUGCCUCACUAUAUUACAAGACGUUAUGCAGAGUUUUCAGCCGCAAUUGUGGGCAUUAAUGAAGCCAAUCCUGAUGAUAGAGUACAGAGAGCACUGGCAACAUUGCAAGGUGAAGUGGAGAACUUUAUUCUUCGAAUGGCUGCUGAGUUUCCUCAUCGGAAAGAGCAGCUUAUCUUUCUCAUCAACAACUAUGACAUGAUGUUGUCAGUGCUGACAGAGAGAACUACAGACGCAAAGGAGACAGAGAGCUUUCAGCAACUACUGGAAGCACGAACACAAGAGUUUGUUGAAGAGAUACUCUCUCCUGGGUUUGGUGGUAUGAUAGCAUUUGUCAAAGAUGCGGAGUCAGCUCUAGAGGCUAACAGACCAAUCCGCGUUAGCCAAAGUGAUGUGGAACAAUUGGUGCGCGGUUUCUCUAGAGACUGGAAGAAAGCCAUUGGUGAUAUUGACCAUGAGGUAAUGCGUACAUUCUCCAACUUCAAGAACGGUACAACCAUUCUUCAGGGUGCUCUGCUGCAGUUGCUUGAGUACUAUCAUCGCUUUAGUAAACUCUUCUCUCAUCCGCCCAUGAGAAGCAUGUCGGUACGCAGCGAACUCAUCAAUAUUCACAAUGUCAUGGUUGAAGUGAAGAAGCACAAGACAGCUUUCUAGGGUGUCGACCUACUCUUAUUAAUUAAGACGAGGCGUACUGGAAAGGAAAGCAAUGUAUGGGGGCGGAUUUGCUGCAUGUGAUACGCCCUCUCCCGGAUAGUCUAAUCGCAUUCUAGGGUUUUACUUUAGUCUAGCCAUUGUUGGACGUUAAAUCGCUAUCAUUUUGCUUUACGCUGGAGUUCAUUAUACCGGAAACUGGAAAAUGACGCGA